UCACCCUGUCUGCUGAACCUAAAUAAAUAAGUUUUUCAUCAGGUAUUUUAUUCAGACACCUCUCUCUCUCUCUCUCUCUCUCUCUCUCCCUCUCUCUCUCUUUCUCUCUCUCAUUUCUUUGAUCGCAGGGUUUUAGAAAAGGCAGCUGUCGCGUUACUGCCUCCUACAGAACAGAACAGACUCUACAUUCAUCUGAAACUCGCUCAAGCAACUUCAGCGCGAUAAUAUCAUUAAUGCAGCUGGACACAGAGUCACACACCGUCUGAUAAUGUGGAAGAUCUGCGGGCUUCUGAUCGCCUGGACUCUGCUGCUGCUCACACUGCAUGUCCGAGCACAGUCUCAAAUCAGACAGACCUUUACAUGUGGUGGGAAUAUAACAGGAGAGUCGGGUGUCAUCGGCAGUCAGGGUUAUCCUGGAGUCUAUCCACCCAAUACCAAAUGUGUGUGGAGAAUUACAGUACCAGAGGGCAAAGUGGUUGUCCUUUCAUUUCGUUUCCUGGACUUAGAAAGUGACAACCUGUGCAGGUAUGAUUAUGUGGAUGUUUACAGUGGUCAUGCCAAAGGACAGCGCCUCGGCCGAUUCUGUGGCACAUUCAGACCAGGAGCCCUUGUUUCCACUAGCAAUAAAAUGCUCAUUCAGAUGCUAUCCGAUGCCAAUACAGCUGGCAGUGGCUUCCUGGCUAUGUACUCUGCUGCCAACCCACAUGAACGUGGAGAUCAGUACUGUGGUGGCAGAUUAGUAAAGCCGUCGGGAACCUUCAAGACUCCAAACUGGCCUGAGAAAGACUAUCCUGCUGGAGUCACAUGUGCUUGGCAUAUAGUGGCACCAAAAAACCAGAUUAUAGAGGUGAAAUUUGAGAAGUUUGAUGUGGAGAGGGACAACUACUGCCGUUACGAUUACGUAGCAAUUUUUAAUGGUGGAGAAAUCAACGAUGCUAAAAGAAUAGGAAAAUACUGUGGAGACAGCCCUCCAGCGCCAGUGUUCUCUGAGGGAAAUCAACUCUACAUUCAGUUCCUAUCUGAUCUCAGUUUAACAGCGGAUGGUUUUAUUGGUCAUUACAAAUUUAGACCCAAGAAGUUUCCUGUCACAACGGUUCCACCCACCACAACAGCACCACCCACUACCACCAGACCCAUAUCUUUGAAGUAUUCCGCAGCGCUGUGUCAACAGAAAUGCAAACGAAAGGGAACCCCUGACAGCCAUUACUGUUCCAGCAACUUUGUGAUCACGGGAACGGUCAUCACCGCAGUAACACGGGGUGGUAGCAUGUACGCCACUAUCUCCAUAAUCAAUGUCUACAAAGAGGGAAACCUUGCCAUCCAGCAGGCUGGCAAAACCAUGAGCACGAAGAUUGUCAUCCUGUGUAAGAAGUGCCCAUACGUCAAGCGAGGUCUGAACUACAUCUUCAUGGGUCACGCGGAUGAGGAGGGCCGUGGAAUGAUCGCCCCACAUCAUUUCAUCAUGGCUUUCAAGGCCAAGAACCAGAGAGCCUUCAACAUGCUGAAGAGCAAACGCUGCUGAGAUAUCACAGACUCACUCAGUCUCUGGAUUCAUACACGGAUGUGUGGUGUCUUUAGUACCACCCUACAUGAACCAGCUUCCUUCAUCACCCUCUUCAGUGGGGGAUGAGGACUGUUGAAGCACAUGACAGACCUCUGGCUGGGCUUUCUUGAUCCUACUAAUCUUUAUCCUGUUUUGAUUCAAAUUAAAGG